AUGAAAUAUUAACAAUAGAAUGAUAUAGAGGGUCAGAGACAUUCUCUUCUGACUGUUGAAGAUCUCACUGAUUUAUUUAUACUUAACAAAAUCAACGAUGGACAAAGUAUGAGCAAGGUUAAAACAUUUGGAGACGAUUAUGGUUUAGCUCGUAAGCUAAACUCAGACAUAAAAGUAUUAAAAAUGGUUUAAAUGCUUAUAGUAAGGACUUGGGACAGAAGCUGAUGUUUAGAAGAAUAGAGAAAGUUUUGGAGACAAUAUACCAGUAGAGAAAGAACCGACAACCUUGUGUGAAUUGAUAAUGGAAUGUUUGGAAGACACUAUGCUUCAAAUAUUAUUAUUAGCAGCAUUAGUAUCAACUAUAAUAGGGAUUAUAAAUGAAGGUUUGGCAACAGGAUGGACAGAAGGGUAAAUUAUAUAUGUAAUCAUAAUAGAGCAACGAUUUUUUUUGCAAUAUUUUUAAUCAUCUCAAUCACUGCAGGAAAUAAUUAUUUGAAAGAAAAAUAAUUCAGAUAAUUGAGAAGAAGAUUAGAUGAUGGAAAAUGUCAAGUAAUUAGAGGAAAUAAGGUAACGGAAAUUGCAACCAAGGAUCUAGUUGUGGGUGAUAUUUUGUUAUUUAAUUUAGGGGAUCUAUUUGUUGUAGAUGGUAUAAUAAUAUAUUUAUUAUUAUAGGAUUGAUGAUAUAAGGAAGUACAGUUAAAAUGGAUGAGUCAGCAAUGACAGGAGAAAGUGAUGAAAUAAAGAAAUUACCAUAUUAAGAAAUGUUACAACAAAAAUAAUAAUAAUAGAAUCAGGAUGCAGCAAGAGGUCAUAUUAGUCCAUUUUUAAUAUCAGGAACUAAAUGCUUAGAUGGAACAGGUUAAAUGUUAGUUCUAGCUGUUGGAUAAAAUACAAUCUCUGGACAAUUAAAGAAGUUAUUGAUUCAAGAUAACCCACCAACACCAUUAUAAUAAAAAUUAGAAGGAGUGGCUUCAGAUAUAGGUAAAUUGGGAGUUAUUGUAUCAAUUUUUACUUUUAUUGCUUUAAUGGGACAUCUUGGCUAUGAUAUUUAUUUGGGUAAGAUACAAUUUCAAAGUCUUAAAACCUUAUAAGUAAUAGUUGAAUCAUUUAUGAUUUCUGUAACAAUUAUAGUUGUGGCUGUACCUGAAGGUUUACCUUUAGCUGUUACUAUAGCAUUAGCAUAUUCAGUUGGAAAAAUGAAAGAUGAGUAAAAUUUGGUUAAAAAUCUAUCAUCAUGUGAAAUUAUGGGUGGAGCUAAUAAUAUAUGUAGUGAUAAGACAGGCACAUUAACUUAAAAUAUCAUGCAAGUAACUGCCUUGUAUGUUGAAAAGAAUACUAUAAAGAAUGAUGUCCAUACAAUUAAAUCUAAGUUAAAUAAGAAUACUAUUGAGUUAAUGUGUGAAAGUAUAUGUUAUAAUUCUAAUGCAUUCCCAUAAAAAGAUAAAGUAACAAAUAAAUGGAUCUAAAUUGGUAAUAAGACUGAAUGUGCUUUGUUAGAGUGUGCUGAUAAUUUUAAUUAUAACUUUUCAUAAUACAGACCUAGUGAUAAAAUCCUUAGACAAAUCCCAUUCAAUAGUAAGAGAAAAAAGAUGAGUACUGCAGUAUAUAAUUCAAAAACUCAAUUUAUUAGAGUUUAUACAAAGGGGGCUUCUGAAAUUGUCCUUAAUCAAUGUAUCAAAAUGGUUGGUGCUAAUGGUGUUGAAUAAUUAUUAGAUUAGAAAGCAAGAGAUUAAAUUUAUAAUGAUAUAAUCUAAGCAUUUGCUUCAGAAUCAUUAAGAACAAUAGCCAUUGCUUAUAGAGAUCUUGAUCCUCAUUCUUAAAAUUCAAGUGUACUUGGAUAAAUUCCACAACUUACUAAAUUCGCUUAAUCCAUAUAAGAAGAUGAUUUAGAUAAAGAUUUAGUUCUUGUUGCUAUAGCUGGAAUUAAAGAUCCAAUAAGACCAGAUGUACCUAAUUCAAUCAAGUAAUGUCAUGCAUCUGGAGUUACUGUUAGAAUGGUUACAGGAGAUAAUAUAUUAACUGCCACUGCCAUAGCCAAAGAAUGUGGAAUUCUUUAAACUGGCAAAAUGCCUGGAUAAUAUGAAGUUUUGGAAGGCAAGACUUUUAGAGAAUUUGUUGGUGGGUUGAAAACAAGUAAAGAUAAAGACGGAAAUGAAAUCAAAGAAGUAGGAAAUAAAUAAAAUUUCAAAAUUAUAGCCAGAGAUAUGAAAGUAAUGGCAAGAGCAUCACCUGAAGAUAAAUAUAUUUUGGUUACUGGAUUAAUUGCAGAAGGUAAUGUUAUUGCAGUUACUGGUGAUGGUACAAAUGAUGCUCCAGCUUUAAAAAAAGCAGAUGUAGGAUUUGCUAUGGGUAUCACAGGUUCUGAUGUAGCUAAAGAUGCUGCAGAUAUUAUUUUAUUAGAUGAUAAUUUCAGUUCCAUUAUAACAGGUACUUAUUUUCAAUAUCAUAGCUAUGAAAUGGGGUAGAAAUAUAUAUGACUGUAUAAGAAAAUUCAUUCAAUUUCAAUUAACUGUUAAUUUAGUAGCAUUAUUUAUGUCCUUUUUAGGAGCAGUGGUUCUAAAAGAAUCUCCAUUAAAUACUAUAGAAAUGCUUUGGGUUAAUCUUAUUAUGGAUACUUUUGCUUCUUUAGCUUUAGCAACUGAACCCCCCAAUAUUACAGUUCUAGAAAGAUAACCAUACAAGAGAGAAGAUAAAAUUGUAUCUCCAACUAUGAAUAGAACUAUUGUAGGAGGAUCUAUAUAUCAAAUAGUUGUUUUGUGUGGUAUCUUAUUUGUUUUACCUAAAUAUAUGGAUUUAUCUAUGCCUGAAGAGUUAAUUGGAUAAAAAGUAAUAAUUAAUAUUAUAAAUUCAGUUUCAUAAAAAUGUAGUAUAAAUGAGUAUAUUUUUCUAAUCCUUUGUUGUUAUGCAAGUCUUUAAUUCUAUUACAUGUAGAUAAUUAGAUUAUAAAACUAUUAAUCCUUUUGCAAAUGCAUGUAACAAUCCAUUAUUUUGGGGUGUCUAAACAUUUACUCUAAUAAUAUAAUGCAUCCUUAUUCAAUUUGGUGGUAAAUUUGUUAAAGUUUCUCAUUUAACUCUUUAAUAACAUUUACUAUGUAUUGGAUUUGGAGUAGGUAGCAUUAUCUUUUCAUGUUUGGUUAAAUUAAUCAUUCCUGAAAAAUGGUGUCAAAGUGUUUCCCUUUUCAGAGAAGAUAUCAUUACUGAAGCCAAUAUGGAUGAUACAUUAGCAAGUAAAUUAAGAAGAAAAUCAACGACAAGAUAAAGAAAUAGAAAAACAGAAAAUUCAGAUUUUGUUACUGUCAGAAGUAUGUAAUAAAGUCAUUAAAGAAUGUGAA